UUCGUCAUCUGCCAUAUUAGUCUUCUGCCGGAUUCUAUUAUCUGGAAUUAAGUUAUAGUUAUUUAGUAUAUUUCAUCGUCUUCACGCUUGUGAGGAAUUUGUAAUAUACAAAAAUAUUGAAAAUGGUUCAGAGAAAGCAGAAAAAAGCUUUGGAGAGCAUUAACUCUCGUCUUGCUCUUGUUAUGAAGUCAGGAAAAUAUGUACUAGGGUACAAACAAACUUUGAAGACUUUGCGUCAAGGAAAAGCAAAGUUAAUUAUAAUUGCUAAUAACACACCACCAUUAAGGAAAAGUGAAAUAGAAUAUUAUGCCAUGUUAGCAAAAACUGGCGUCCAUCAUUAUUCGGGAAAUAAUAUUGAAUUAGGCACGGCAUGUGGAAAAUAUUUCAGAGUUUGUGCGCUUAGCAUUACUGAUCCAGGUGAUUCAGAUAUUAUCAGAAGCAUGCCAACAGAUCAGCAGUAAUCUGUAAAAAAAAUAAGACAAAUUAAUAAAACUAAUUUUGUUUGGUAUCA